AUGGGCCAAAAGGUGUCCGUUCCCAAGGCUGGCGCUGAAAUUCAAGUCAUUGGCGCUGGUCUCCCGCGAACCGGGACCGCGUCAUUCAGCGCAGCUCUUGAAAUACUUCUAGACGGACCUACAUACCACGGCGGCACCCAAAUCUCACGAGGCGCACCUAUCAAAGUCAAAUCAUGGAUCAAAGCUUUACAGUACUGGGUCAAAGGAGACGCAUCCAGUCGCAUCGAGAUGCAGAAAAUCGUGCGGCAGCGUUUAGACGGCUACACAGCUGUCACCGAUGCACCAUGCUCAGAAUUUGUCCCUGAGCUUCUUGAGAUCUAUCCCGAUGCAAAGAUCAUUUGCACGACGCGCGAUCCAAUUGCCUGGGAGAAUAGCAUGGUUCAGAUGCAAAAGCAUAGCAAUGGCCUGUGGAAGCGGCUGUAUGGCGUUGAGGCUGGAAGUCAUGGUCGCGAUACGUAUGCCAGGCACAUUGCUUGGUUGAAGGAAACUGUGCCUGAGGAUCGUCUGGUCUUUUUUGAUGUGAAGGAUGGAUGGGAGCCUUUGUGUAAGGCACUAGGGAAGAAAGUCCCAGAGGGUAUUCCAUUCCCUCGUAUCAAUGGCUCGGAAGAAAUCAAUCGCACUGCUCAAUAUCAUAUUCAACAGGGUUUGAUGCGAUGCGGAACGAUCCUGGCUGCUGUCUCUCUUGCUGUUGGGGUUUACAUGACCAUCUAG